AUGUUGAUGGAUUACCUCCGACACAGGCGCGACUGGCAUGUCUACGCAGUUUCAUCAUUUGAGGAACGGGUCGACCGAAUUCGAGCCGUCAAGUCCUACCAUGGCCCCUUCAGCGUUCUAGACAGGGAGAUUGUCAAUAAGACCAUUCAGGAGCUGGUCAAGGAGGUUCACGAACACCCCAGUAAAGCCACGCAGAUCCUCAACACCUACGGCAAGGUCGCCCUCCGGGCCCACGAAAAGACCAACUGCGUCACGGAAAUUCUCCUCGACUCGGCCGAGAAGUGGGUGACGGACGGCUCGAUUAAUCUCAAGGGUCCCUUGGCCGGCAUCCCAGUGAGCUUGAAAGACACGGUUGACGUCACUGGCUACGACAGCACGGUCGGUUACAGCCGCUUCGUCGGUAUCAAGGCCACCGACGGGCCGACUGCCCGCAUUCUGAAGGAUGCCGGCGCUGUCCCCUACGUCAAGACCAACGUCCCCAUCACCCUCCUCAGCUUCGAGUCCGCAAACGAUGUCUGGGGCACGUCAACCAACCCCUACAACAAGAACUACACGCCCGGCGGCUCCACCGGUGGCGAAGGUGCUCUGCUGGCGCUCGGUGGUAGAAUUGGUGUCGGGAGCGAUGUCGCGGGUAGUGUUCGCUGCCCGGCGCACUUUUCCGGCAUCUACGCUCUCAAGUGCUCGACCGGUCGCUGGCCGAAGCUGGGCACGCGCACCAGCAUGCCCGGCCAGGAUGGCAUUCCUGCCGUGUACAGCCCCAUGGCCCACACCCUCGACGACCUCGCCUACUUUACGCGCUCCAUUGUCCAAAUGAAGCCUUGGAACUACGACCACUCUGUCCACCCCAUCCCGUGGCGACUGGAGGUCGAGGAGGCUUAUGCCGCCAGGAAGACGCUCCGGGUCGGCGUCAUGCCAACGGACCGUGUCGUCGACCCCAGCCCUGCUUGUGCUCGCGCUCUCGACAGGACGGUCAACGCCCUCCGGGCCAAGGGCCAUGAAAUCAUCGACAACAUUACCCCCCCAGAGCCAUACGAGGCCUUGCAGCUGGCUUCACAGCUGCUCGACGACGACGGUGUCCAGACGGCCAUGUCGUUUUUCCGUGCUGGUGAAGGAAAUGACCGCGGGGUGGCCCGAAUGCGGUUCUACUUUCGCCUUCCUCGUAUCGUAAAGUAUGCGCAUUACCUCUGGGUUAGAUACGUCCGCCGUGAUACAGUUUGGGCCGGCCUCCUUGUCAACUGGCACCCCAAGACCACCUACCAGUACUGGCAGCUGAUUGCCAAGCGUGAGGCAUACAAGCGCCAAUGGUUCGAUUUCUGGGAGGAGGAGGGAUUCGAUUUCAUCAUCACGCCCCCGAAUGCUACCCCUGCUGUUCCUCAUGGCGGCAUGCACGAUGCAUGCAGCAGCUGCGGCUACACGUUUCUUUUCAACCUGCUUGAUUACACGGCUGGUGUCCUCCCAGUAACGCACGUGGACAAGGUCAAGGACCGGCUGCCCGAGGGCUUCGACGUCGGCAAGCUCAACGGCGUGGCCCGCGGCGCAUACAAGCACUACAACGCCGACGACAUGCACGGACUGCCGGUCGGCGUCCAAGUGGUUGGACGAAGAUUGGAGGAGGAAAAGGUCCUUGCGUUGAUGAAGAGAGUGGACGAUGCCCUCGGCGAUGACAAGUUCAAGCUGCUGGAGCUGGACUAA